CCCUCCGCGGCGAGCAGCAACCCCACGACUCGGUGAUCUGAAGACGAGCGAAGUAAGGUAUAACAGGGCAGGUCAAUGUGUAGUGGGACGUUCUUACCAAUAUCAGAACAGUGAAGCACCAGGGAGUUUCAAAGUUGCUUUCAGACCUGCGAAAGAAAGUUUAAUUUUGUUAGCACAUUUUGAACCCGGUUUGUAAUUUUGUGUCGUAAUUUUUUGUUCCCCGCAUUGGAUGAAAAGAUAAUCCAGAAACAAAAGUUUUUCCAGUUCGGAUACGGAUUCACGGAGAUAUUUUCAAGACUAAGCAGAAGAUAAACGUUGUGGUUCUUGUUUGGAGGAUACUCUGUUUUUAACACACAAACAACUCUAUAGACUGGUCAGAGAAGUAGUGGUGCUCUCGGGCCCAUUCUACAUUAGGAAGUGAAGAUCAGCAUGUCGAAGAUAGCCGAUGUCGCAGUUGCCUUUGCUCUCGUCAUUUUGUUGUCGUCAUACACAGGGGCCAGGAGACGGCGAGUUGACUGCACGAAAUUUGUAUUCGCCCCAGUAUGCAGAGGAAUAGCUGCAAAGAGGGGAGAUACGCAUUUACAAAUCAGCCACACUUUAGGAAAUCCACAACGGAGACUUAGGUUACCAUUUUCCAGUCAGGAAUACAACUUCGAUUCCCCUUCAUUAAAAGAACCGAUGUCGUUGUCAAAGAUAUUGAUGAUUCUUUCGAAGAUCGACACAGAAAAGGACCUGGGCAGAGGGCGAGUCCAAUUGCAUUCUUCGAGAGAGCAAGAUCGGAUUGCUGAACCAGAUGCCAGAGAUAAACUGCUCCUGUCUGAUGACCGAUGGCUGCAAAACUAAAGGGUUGCUCGCAUCCAGGUGUACGCUGCUAGCUGGUCUAUGACACAAGAAACUUGUUACUCUGUUCUGAUAAUGAAGAUGUCGUUACACUGCCUUUGUCAACUAGCUCCUAUAUGAAGUACAGGUUUCCUAUACAAAAUCACUACAGACGAAGUGUCUUAUCUGAGGAAAGACAGAAGCUCUAUGUGUUGCCCAAAUUGACCAAAAAAAAAACCAUGGAAAAAUUCCUGGGAACGUAACGAAACUGAAGCCGUUUGUGGUGAUGCUCAAAAACCCGAUUUCAUCAUGGGAAAGUAACAUUCCUAUUUCUGGAACUGACCAGUAAAACAUACUGUACCCAAGUGAGGAUUUUUGUGGUUUUCGUUAUGUUUUUGUUUGGGAUCUACCUAUAUUACCAGUAGACGACAGAAGUAUGAAGAAAACAUUUCCUAUAAUAUACUGGAUGAUAUUUUUCUUGUCGCACCAAUACUAAUUUUGUUUCAAGAAAGCAAUAGGGAUUGUUGCAAUAGUGGUACUUGCUUUCACGAAAAGAAAGAUCCAAAGCGAGUCGUUUUAUAUUUGUCUAAAAA